AUGCGCGACUGGGGCGACUCUCUGGUUCUGCAUCCGCCGACAGAAGAGGCGGUCGCGAACCUUGUCGAAGGCACUGGCCUCGAUCGGCAUGACCUCGUGUGCGACAUGCCACGCGGCUUUGGGCUGGCAACUGUGGAGAAGAUUGCAAUCAACGCUGCGAUGGCAGGCGCAAAGCCUGAGCAGAUGCCCGUCAUCAUCGCCGCAGUUAAGGCGCUGUCAGAGGUUGGCGAGCACGGCGGCAAGUCGCUGCUGAUGUCCACCAGCCCGCAUGCGCCCAUGUUGGUAGUCAACGGACCCAUCGCAAAGGAGCUCGGCAUCAAUCCGCGCUCAGGGCUUGGUCCCGGACGCGACAACGAAGUCAACAUCACUAUAGGGCGCGCAUUCUCGUUGUGCCUGCGCAACCUCGGUUACUGGUAUCCCGGUCAGAUGGACAUGGACACCAUCGGCACCACGCGCAAGUUCGUCCACUGCAUCGCGGAAAACGAAGAGAUGAGCCCGUGGCAGCCGUUCCAUGUGGAUCAAGGCUUCCGCGCGGACGAGAGCGCUGUCAGCGUUUUCAUCACGGACGGCGAACUCGAUGUGCAGGACCAGGGCAACACCUCCGCAGAGGGCCUUCUGAAGACCCUCGCCUACGGCAGCACAUUCGGCACUCGCGGACUCGGCGCGAGGCACACGGGCGAGCGCCUCAUCUUCAUGCCGCCGGAUGUCGCGCGACCUGUUGGCGGCGAGGGCUUCUCCAAGCAGGAGGCGAAGCAAUUUAUCCACUUCCACGCCAACACAAGCCUGGGCAAGCAGAUUCAAUACAUGCCCAUAGACGACGCUCGCGUGGGGAAGCAGUGGCAAUGGCUGAAGGACAGAACCGAGCAGGAACGGCUCGACAUUGAGGUACCGCUGCUGGAAGACGUUGACCGCUGGUUCAUCGUCGUAGUGGGCGCAGACCGCGCCAAGACGCUGGUGAUGCCCACCGGCGAGGGCGCAUCCACAGUUGGCAUCGACCAGUAUAUGCCGUAA